AUGGCUUCACCGAAGUAUCUCACCGGCGACAAACCCGGCAUCGACGCCUUCAUUGAUCAAUUCGACACUUUCCUCUUCGAUUGUGAUGGCGUCCUCUGGUCUGGAGAUCACCUGUUCCCCCAUGUCCCGGAGACGAUCGAUAUGCUUCGCAAGAGAGGAAAGCAGUUGGUCUUCGUGACGAACAACAGCACCAAGUCACGGAGUGAUUACAAGAAGAAAUUCGAUAAGGUUGGCAUUACGGCGAAUGAGGAAGAAGUCUUCGGCUCAAGCUACAGCGCAGCCAUCUACAUCUCGCGCAUCAUGAAGCUCCAAGCCCCCAAGAACAAAGUCUUCGUCCUGGGCGAGACGGGUGUGGAACAAGAGCUGGCCUCCGAGGGCAUCCCCUUCCUCGGCGGUACUGACGAGAAGCUGCGACGAGAGAUGAACGACGACGACUUUAAGAACCUCGCGAACGGCUCCGCCCUGGAUCCAGACGUCGCCGUCGUGUUGACCGGCUUGGACUUCCACCCAAGCUAUCUGAAGUACUCCCUCGGCUUCGCCUACAUCCGCAAAGGUGCACACUUCCUCGCAACCAACAUUGACUCUACAUUACCAAACGCAGGCUCUCUAUUUCCCGGAGCAGGCUCCAUCAGCGCCCCACUCGUCGAAGCAGCAGGACGGCCGCCGCUCGCAUUGGGCAAGCCCAGUCAGGCAAUGAUGGAUGCGAUCGAGGGGAAAUUCAAGUUCGACCGCAAGAAGGCUUGUAUGGUGGGUGAUCGACUGAACACUGACAUUCAGUUUGGUAUUGAGGGAGGAUUGGGUGGCACGCUGGCGGUUUUGACGGGGGUUAGCAAGAAGGAGGAUUUCCUUGCUGAGGGGGCGAAGGUUGUUCCUUCUGCUUAUGUGGAUCAGCUGGGAGAUCUUGUCGGCUAG